AUGGCACAACAGCACGAUCUGAGCGAGCUAUUCCGCAUCGGUGGCAAUUCUCCCGACACAAACUACCUCUUCAUGGGCGAUUACGUUGACAGAGGGUACUAUUCCGUCGAGACUGUCACACUCCUCGUCGCGCUCAAGCUGAGGUAUCGCGAGCGAGUUACUAUCCUCCGAGGCAAUCACGAGAGCCGUCAAAUCACACAAGUAUACGGCUUCUACGACGAGUGUCUUCGAAAAUACGGCAACGCCAACGUCUGGAGGUUCUUUACCGAUCUUUUCGACUUUCUGCCAUUGACCGCCCUUAUUGACAACCAAAUCUUCUGCCUUCACGGCGGUCUAUCGCCAUCAAUCGACACUCUUGACCACGUUCGAUCCAUCGACCGUGUCCAAGAAGUGCCUCACGAGGGUCCAAUGUGUGACCUCCUAUGGUCAGACCCUGAUGACCGAUGUGGCUGGGGUAUCUCUCCUCGUGGCGCAGGAUACACCUUUGGGCAAGAUAUCUCUGAGGCAUUCAAUCACAAUAACGGCCUCACGCUUGUAGCGCGGGCGCAUCAGUUGGUCAUGGAAGGAUACAAUUGGAGUCAAGACCGCAACGUUGUCACCAUAUUCAGCGCGCCCAACUACUGCUAUCGCUGCGGUAACCAAGCGGCUAUCAUGGAAAUCGACGAGAAGUUAUCUUAUAGUUUGUACGUGUCACUUUAUCCCACUUAUCUUAUAUCUACCAUCCUCGCUGCCUCCGAGUACCGUUGA